AUGCUCUUCACACUCGUUCUUAACUUUAUCGCCUGCCUCUUGUUUGUUCCACCAAGCAGCGCCCAAGGCAAUCCCGCCCAAUGUCCCUCGAACAUAACCUAUACCGUUGUUCAUGGGGAUGACUGUAGGAGGAUCGCAAGGGCGCACAGUAUCCCAACGGCAUUAUUAAUCUCAGUCAAUAACGCCGACUGUGCGAAUCUGUGGAGUGGUCAGGUACUAUGUGUCCCACAAUCCUGUCAGCUGUACCCCGUAAGUGCCGGAAGCACUUGCCAGGCCAUCUGCGACAUCAACAGAAUCACAAUAGACCAACUAUACGAAUGGAACCCUUACCUUAACUCGGAGUGUACCAACCUAAUCGCCGGGGACGAAGUAUGUAUCGGCCGCCCAGGAUCAGGAAUGCACCCAACAGUUACUACAACCACAUUCGUCACUGUAACGUCGGUCAGAACGAGUGGCUAUGCCACUUCAACCGUUCUACCACCUGGCCAGACCCCGCACGGUACCACGCACAAAUGCGGAGCAUAUUAUCGAGUCCGAGCGGGAGACUACUGCGAGCUCAUUGCUGACAACUUCAGCAUUGAGCUGCCGUUGUUCCAAGCAAUCAAUCCCUCCAUCAAUAACGACUGCACGAACCUGGUGCCUGGCUUGUACUACUGCGUCUCGCCGACCAGAGAUUGGAACCAGACGACAACGACAACAUCGGCUCAUACCUACACCAGCGCUCCGGCGCCCACACCCAGUGGCACCACAUCCCACUGCUAUGAUUGGUACGUCGUCCGAUCAGGCGACAGCUGCCUCCGCAUUGAAUCGUUGUAUGGAAUCACGCUCGAUGAAUUCAGGUUCUGGAAUCCGAGCCUGAACCAGGAUUGUUCGAACCUGAGGGCAGGACAUGCGUACUGUAUCAAUGGAGAACGCGAGCAAUCGCCGUCUCCGCGAUGGGUCCAGGCACAGCCAACUCGGGACCCCAAGAAGAAUAUUCUUGCGGAUAGGAUGGCCAUCAUCGAAAACGGAAUACCCGAACAAGAGAAAAUACCAUGA